CUGUACCAUCCAUCCAUCCAAACGUAAUCGCCGACAAUUACGCCUCAUCUCCAACGUCCCAAUUUCUCUCUCUUUCAUCUGCAAAUCUCCAACUCCAACUGUUAUCACUCUCUUCUACACAAUCAAAUGACUAUUCGGAUCUAAUCGGAUCCUUCUUCUUUCAUUUGCUUGUAAAACAAGAAACAUGAAGAUCAAGAUGAACACAUGGCUCAGAAAACCGGUCCUGCUAUUACUCUUCAUAACGGUCCUUGCUCCCAUUGUUCUCUACACCGAUAAACUCUCCACCUUCUCUACAUAUGAAUUUGUUCGGGAGCCUUCUACAAUUUCGUUGAAUCGAGAUGUACAAGCGCUAAAUUUGCUUCCUCAGGAGUUAUCUGUAGCACAGGAAGAACCAUCAGCUGAUGUUUAUGUUGAGAAUUUGAGUAGAUCUGUUCGUGUUUCUGAUGGUGAAAGAUUCAGGAAAACUAGACAGCUUAAUGAAGAAUCUAAGGAAAUUGCUACGGCUGAAGAAGACAACCCGAUCAGGGAAGUAACUGAAGGUGAGAACAGACUGGAAUCAGCUGAAAAUAAGGAUCAUGUGAACUUGAAGGUUGCUGAGCAUUCAAUGUUGGAAACUCAAGCUGAAACCAAACCCGAGGCUCAGAAAUCCACAAAAACCAAAAGUGAGAAACCCAAUGAACGUGUUUUGGCGGAUAGUCGUGUUCGGUAUCUCAAGGAUCAGUUGAUUAGAGCGAGAGUUUACCUUUCCCUUUCAUCAACAAGAAACAAUGCUCAGUUUAAUAGGGAACUUCGGGCACGUAUGAAGGACGUCCAAAGAGCACUCGGUGAUGCAAGCAAGGAUACAGAUCUACCAAAGAAUGCGUAUGACAAGCUGAAGGCAAUGGAUCAAACACUGGCAAAAGGAAAGCAAAUGCAGGAUGAUUGCACUGCUGUUGUAAAGAAACUACGCGCAAUUAUUCACUCAACUGAAGAACAACUGCGUGUCCAUCAGAAACAGGCCUUGUUUUUGACUCAUUUAACUGCCAAAACCGUUCCUAAGGGUCUUCAUUGUCUUCCGUUACGCCUUUCCACCGAAUAUUACUCCUUAAAUUCUUCUGCACAACAAUUCCCAAAUCAAGAAAAGCUAGAUGAUCCCAAGCUGUUCCACUAUGCGUUAUUUUCAGAUAACGUAUUAGCUACAGCAGUGGUGGUGAAUUCUACCGUUACCAAUGCCAAGGAUCCUUGGAAACACGUGUUCCACAUAGUGACCGACAGGCUGAAUUACGCUGCAAUGAGGAUGUGGUUUCUCACAAAUCCACCCGGGAAAGCUACAAUACAAGUUCAAAACAUUGACGAAUUCACAUGGUUAAACGCAAGUUACAGCCCAGUUCUCAAACAAUUGGCUUCUCAGAACAUGAUUGACUAUUAUUUCAAAACACAUAAGGCGGUCGAGUCUGAUUCAAAUCUAAAGUUCCGCAACCCAAAGUAUCUGUCAAUGAUGAAUCAUCUUCGGUUUUACCUCCCAGAGAUUUUUCCGAAGCUGAGUAAAGUGGUGUUCUUGGAUGAUGAUAUAGUGGUUCAAAAGGAUUUAAGUGGUCUAUGGUCUGUUGAUCUCAAAGGCAAGGUGAUUGGUGCGGUUGAGACGUGUGGGGAAAACUUCCAUAGGUUUGAUCGGUACCUAAACUUCUCGAAUCCGAUUAUAGCGAAAAAUUUUGACCCACGAGCUUGUGGAUGGGCGUACGGAAUGAAUGUAUUUGAUUUGGAUGAAUGGAAGAAACAAAACAUUACAGAUGUUUACCAUUCGUGGCAAAACUUGAAUCAUGAGAGACAACUGUGGAAGCUGGGGACAUUACCGCCGGGUUUGAUUACCUUCUGGAAACGCGUAUACCCGCUAGAGAGGUCAUGGCAUGUACUCGGGCUUGGGUAUAACCCAAGUGUGAGUCAGAAGGAGAUCGAAAGAGCAGCAGUUAUUCACUUCAACGGGAAUUUGAAACCGUGGCUUGAGAUAGGGAUACCUAAGUUCCGAGGGUAUUGGAGCAAGUUUGUGGACUAUGAUCAGGCGUACCUGCGGGAUUGCAAUAUGAGCCCGUGAGACCAGACAAAGAAGCCGAUCGGGUCAGUAAGUAGUAUAUAUUCUUUUAUUGGUUGGAGCGUUGAUGGUUAGUUUCUUCGUGCAUCGCCUCGGCCCUCGUUUUGUUGUAAAGGAGCAAGUGAUUCUUAUUUAUGCUAAGAAAAUUGGUGUUUGUUGUAUCCUUCAAACUUGUUUUUGGGUUUGAGUUGUUUUGGUAGAACCCAGAAACAGGAUGAUAUGCGUUUUGUAUUUCUGUAUACUAUUUACAUACAUUUGUAGCGAUACGCCUCAUAGAAAUGAACAUAUGUGAAUCUUUCAUUCGUUUAAA